AUGUUCAUUCCUGGUCCACAGAAAGCCGAUCAUUAUCAACCACUUGACAACAUGCUCACUUCUGGUCUACAGUUGGCCGACCAUUAUCAACGACUUAACAUUGUGCUCACCUCUGGCUUACUUCUAGUGGAAAUACACAUCUACCAAGUUCCCCGCGAUCGCUGGAUAGAACGUCAGAAUAUUGCCAAGACACAGGUGGUUCAUUAUGCUAUAUCCUCCGGUUUUGUGAGAGUGCCGCCUUACAUCACACUGUCCGAUUUAAGGACGGUGUUUCCGAAACAACUGUGCGAGGAAACACUUCCCGAGCAUUACGUAUUCCUCCGACGUGUUGGCAGGAAUUUCACGCAGGUUAAAAAGCUUCAAGAAAAAGAACUCAAAGUGAAAUACUACAUGCCACCAUAUACAUUCGAUCCAGAGAUUUACAUAAAAGAAGGCCAGUACACAAAAAAUUCCCGUUGGCCACUGGAAGAAGACAGUGGCUUUGAUGAACUACUAGUCACAGGUCACAGGUCACAAGAUGACAGUACAUCGCCAUCUGACGAUACUCGGUACAACCUUAGCAGUGGCCUACCAUCUGCUUUAAAAAACAAUUUUUUAUCAUCAGGGGAUGGCAGUAGAGAGGGAGGUAGCAACGGAAUGCUUACUAAGGAAAACCGCAAUGUGGCGGAGAAAAGCACGAGAUGUGGAGAAUCUGUAUUUAAAGGCUUCACAAGAAGGCAAAAAGUAUCCAACCAGCCACAUAACUCCAGAAAUGGAAGUCAGCAAUUUCCAGCUUCAACAGAGAGCUCAGCCUAUUCGACUUCACAUCCCUUAGAAGUAAAUAAUAAGGGAAAACAACGAGGAAGUGCCUCUGUAAAAACAACUGAAGACGAAAAGUUUUUUAAAAGUAUACAAGAGAAUGAAGAAGGAGUUACAGCAGCAUCUCUGGUGAAAAAUAUUAAACUUUAUUGCAGUACUGAAGCUGAAUCUGUACAAAGUAAACAAUAUGCAGGAGCUGUGACACCAAGAUGGACGACUUCACCAUUUACUUCUCGAGUACCCACAAGGAUAUCUGUAGAGUUAACCAAAAAAAAUGAUACAAGAACAUCUAUAAAGAAGACCAAAUCAUCCUCAAGAUCUCGAGUUCCCGUUCCUAUCGUUCUAUUGAAGCGCCCGUUGUCUCGUAUUGGUAGAUCCAGUUGCGUCCAGGGCAAAGGUAGGCCUAAUUCUGGUCAGUGUAGGGUUAACUCUGGCCGAAGUAGACAUAUUUCUGGCAAAAGUAGGCCUAACUCUGGUCGAAGUAGACUUAUUUCUGGACAAAAAAAGUCUCAAUUCACCCGCAAGAAGGAAAAUUAUCACAAUUUCGUUGAAAAUGUCUACAAAUCAACUAAUUCUUCAGGAUUGCCUAGACUAGUGGGACUGGUUCAGAAAAUGAAUCCAUUUAUCAGUGCAGAUGGCACCUCUGAAGAAAUAAGAAGUGUCUUGGCUACCCAAUCAUCUGUUUUGCAGUUUAGAAAGCAGAAAGGAUUUACAACAGCCAAUAAGCAAACUAGCCGUUCGACUAUACAAAACAAAAAUAGUGAGGUAUGUUCUGCAAAGAACCAGUUAGUCCAAUAUUCAAAUACUGAAACAACUGCACUUCCCAAGAGGAGUAGUAAAAUACCAAAAGCGCGACGUGGUAAUAUAAUGUCGAAAAAAGCAAGUUUUACCAUUUCCCGUGAAAAUGAAAGAGAAACACAAUGCUGGCGACGUUUUCAAGAUUCCUGGAGACAGUUCUUCGAGACUAAAAACUUCCAAGAUAGACCGUGGCCCGUAAAUUUGACAAGAGCAAUCCAACAAGAAGGUAACGAAAGUAAGAAUUUCCAUUCCACCAAUAACAUACCUGAACUGAACAAACAUAAAGAACAUUUAAUAAACAGUAAUGUCAAUCAUUUCUUGACCGAGAUUACUGAUAGGAAAUGGGAGGACGUAUCUUCUAGCCAUACCCAACUUUCUGUGAAGAAUGCCCUAUUGAAGAAAGGUUACAGUUUACCUAUCUCAGCAACUGGUGAUGAUUCCAAAAGCGUCCAGCAAGCGGAGAGUGCGACAGUGGUAAACGUAGCAACUCUAUCUGCCGAUAGCAAUAUUAAGAAUGAUAUCCAAAAACAAAAUAAAGAAAAAGAACGAAAUGGUUGUUACUUUAAAAUAACGAAAAAUGUAACAAAGAAAGGGCUAAAGAAAUGUAACAGAAACAGGGAAGUAAGAGAACAACAAAAGUAUUGUCUUGAAAGCCAUACUGACAAUCAAAUUAACCAAAUUUCUGAUAAAACAGGUGGUUCUGCUAGAAGAAGCAGUUUGCACAAGGCAUCCAGUAGCAAUAGGACAUUGAAAACAGAAGGAAAUGUAGAAUAUAUUAACGGUAUUAGAACUUUCACAACAGUCAGGGACUUGGGAGGGGAAAAGAACACAUGGAGACGAACCGAUAAUGCUGUAACAAGUGAAGAUAACAAAGAGGGAAGCUAUCAUCAGAAUUGGAAGGGCCAAAAAAAUGAAUCGACUGUGGAAGCAAGAAUCACUCAUGAUAAUGGUGUGGAAUAUUACGAUAAUGGAGCAUUAAAAAUUAUAACAUCUCCUUUUAUUGAUGAUAUUACAGAAGUGGAAGAAAGGAUAAGUGGAGUUAAAAAACAUCACAGUUUUAAUUUGAUUGUAACCGAGGAAAUAAAAGAAAACAAAUUAGCUCGGCGUCAUUCAAACAGAGACAAAACACGAAGAUACAGUUCUAAAGAUCAGAUUGACAGCCAAAGUAGUCAAGUUUUGAUUACCAAAACUGGUGCUACUGGUAACAAAUGUACUUCUAGGCAAUCCACUCUUGAUGUGUUUGUGAAGAAAACAGGACCAACAAUGGAAAAGAAAACUCGUGGCAGAAUACAAGUUAAAGACAAGUACAACGUUCAAUGGAAUGAAUCGCGUGAGCUAAUUGAUUACGACAUGAUGGGUCAGAACAAUAACCUGGAAAACGUGUGUCAUGAUAUGAAAGAUACAGAUGAAAUACCACGAGCAGAUGCAAAGAUAUUGUAUGGUAUCAGUUUGAUUCCAAAACCAACAAGUGACCCGAAAGGGGUAAAGGAAGAUCAGAGCAGUGAAAAAAAGAUAAGCAUAGCAAAUACGCCUAUCAAUCAUGAUAUUUCAAAUAUUCAAGAGAAAGAAAAGGGAGGAAAAGAACGAAAUAGGCUUAACAUACAAUUCACAUUAGAAAAUAAAAGAAAAGAAUUCACGCAAUAUAAUUUAGGUGGAGACAGAAGAAUAAUAGAAGGGCAAAAUUAUGAUUUUGAGGGUGUGUCAGACGGGCAUACCAGUGAGGCUUUGGGUAGAACAAGUGGCACUACUACGAGUAAUAGUUCCUGUUGGGAUUCCACCGAUAAAACAUCCACAAAAGCAAUCAGAGUGGAGAACGCAGAAUCUCGUGGUGAUAAUAAAAGUCAUUCAGUAAACAGAGAGUGUAGUAACUGGGAAGAAUUAGACGAACAGGUAUAUCAGAAAGUACUAAGUAAAGAAGACAAUCGGGAAAGUGGGGAUGGUCAAGAAAACAAAGGCAGUGAAGAGAGAAUUGAAUAUAAUACCUGCCCAUCAAGAAUUGCAAAAAACUGUCAAUGGGAUAUGUACGAAAAAGUUUAUGAUACCAAAAGUCAAACCGAAGAAAAAGGCAAAGAGAGCAGAGAAACAAGAGCUUAUGCCAGUCGCAUGAUAUCAAAUAACUCGGUAAAUCGCAAUGGAGAAAAAGCACGUAAAACUAUUAGAAGACCUACAAGUUUUCAGUUGAGAAGAUCUCGAUCUGACAGUAGCAGUUUAGCAAGUGGAAGACGAAGACAGGUCAGGAUAGACGCUGGAACGUAUCGUGGUAAAGUAGAAACUGUGUCAAGUUUUGACCUGAAGGAAGAUAACGAUUUGGAAACUCGAUGUAAGAUCAAACUCAAUAAAAAUUAA